AUGAUUAAUAUACUAUUCUCGGAUAUUCCUAUUGCUGUAACCGUUGGACUGGAUCAUUACUCAUUUGAUGUUGUCAAAGGUCAAAUAUUUAAUGGAAUAAUAGAGAUAAUUCAAGGUUUGCACAAUAUUCAUUUCCAGCAUGGUGGUGUUAGAUAUGGAUACUGGAUUCAUCAAGGCAGUAACUAUUAUGUUCAAUAUAAUGGAGACACAGAGAGUUUUGAGUUGAAGAUUGAAGAAGAUGCUACUAAAUAUGAAAAUAUUUUGGAAUCUUUUAAACAAAGAGGUACAGUAGUCACAUAUCCUAAGACGCAAGAUGGUGAUAUGUGGACACCAUUAAUACAAUAUAUCAAGUGGGAUCAAAUUAUUAAAAUAACACAAAGUAAUUCUCCUGUUGUGUUUGUAGAUUCAUCAAUGACUACUCGAGAAGAGAAUGAAAGUUUGAGGAAUGUUUUGAAAAAUCGUGCAUUGAAAGAAAAUGAUGGUGAUCCAAGAUUUGAAAACAAUAAUGAACCAUACCUAGAAUAUACACUAAUUAAAUUAAAAUCAAAGGCAGCAAUCCGGAAGGGUCAUGAAAUGGAGGAUUAUAUUGACAAGACAUAUUAUUUCAAUGAGGUUAUAGUAAAAGAAUAUUAUAAUGGUAGAUUGAAUUUAUAUUAUAGUGAAUUGCAAUUUGCAUAUAUGAAUACUAUCUUGUUUGGAAAUUAUGGUUCUAGUUUGCAGUGGCAUUCAAUGAUAGAAGUUUUCUGUUUUGCUAAAGAGAUACGAAAUGAAAAUGGCACUGAUAAUGAUGUUGUCCAUAUUAUCGAUGAAAUAUUAUCCCAACAAUUGACUAUGUUGCCUGAAGAAUACGUUGAAAUGUUGUUAAAUGAGGCCAUGUGGCAUAAGUGUUUAUUGGAUUCAUAUCAAGGUCCAAAGCUGUUAAAAACAAGGGAAAUAAUAAAAAAAGAACUGCCACACCUCCUUAGAAACUCUCAAAUCGAUCAUAUAGCUAAUAAUGAAAUGGAUAAAGGAGAAGCGGAAGAUUAUAUACAAGAAGAUGAUGGAAUUAUGCUGCCUCCAAUAGACAGUGAUAAUGAGGAGGACGAUGGACCUAUGGUUGUGGAACGUCUUAUAUAUAGGUAG